GAGCGCUCAGCCGCUCAUCUUCCUCAGUAUAUAAACAUCAGUGACGAGGGGUGGGUGGUGUACACUCUCCUUCUGGACUAUUCACUUGAUUGCUGGAUUUAUGGCUCCAGGGCCUUAGGGUCACUUCGCACAACUCCACCGGAAAGUGGUGGUGGGAGCAUCGUAUUGGCCAGUUGCCCUCUGCUGUUGGUGUCUGACCUGGCUCGUAACAGGAUCAUUGGCCAGUCGUCUGGAGAACCAUUAGUGACGGCAGCUCCGAGGCAACCUGCCUAUAGACAGCCUAAAAGGCAGUCCUGAGGAUAUCUAGUACCUUUAUUGAUCUUAAAACUUAAUGAGAGACUUCAUCUGUGAUGCUAAUGAUGUGAAUACUAGUUUAAGGAGAUAACACAAGGGAGCCUCCAAUGCCAUGUCAAAAAUGUGAUUGGACGGAUAGUGUUGUGGCCUGGUGACCGUCUCCCAGUAUCCUUGUGUUAGAAGUGCACAGGAGUGCUGGUGUUAGAGGGGAGUGGUAACGAGGAUGGGUGUGGUGGAGGUUGGUGUGCGUGUGGUGCGCGGGCCGGACUGGAAGUGGGGGGAGCAGGAUGGUGGUGCUGGCCACGCCGGCACUGUGGUGGAGGUGGGCAGGCCUGGCUCCUCCACCACCCCGGACCGCACCGUCGUCGUGCAGUGGGACGCUGGUGCUAGAACCAACUACCGUGUCGGAUACCAGGCUGCCCACGACCUCAGACUUCUCGAUAAUGCCCCCAUAGGCGUGAAGCAUCCCAACCACAUCUGUGACGGGUGUAAGCGGCAGGCCAUCGCAGGCAUGAGGUGGAAGUGCAGCUCCUGCUUUGACUACGACCUCUGCACCACCUGCUACAUGGCUGACAAGCACGACCUCGUCCACUCCUUCAUCAGAUAUGAUACCGUUACGUCCAAAGGAGUUGAGGUGAGCCAAAGAAAGAGUGCCGAGAAAAUUCCUCUGCAAGGCAUUUUUGUUGGAGCCAAAGUCAUCAGAGGACCUGACUGGGACUGGGGCAACCAAGAUGGUGGUGACGGAAAGUGUGGCAGAGUUACCGAGAUCCGAGGGUGGGAUAAUGAAUCUGGAAGAUCAGUGGCCAAUGUAACCUGGCUCUGUGGGUCAACUAAUGUCUACAGAGUUGGACAUAAGGGAAAAGUUGAUCUCAAAGUUCUGUGGCCUGCCACAAAUGGUUCCAUUUAUACACAGCAUCUCCCGGUGCUUGGUAAACAAGAAGAAUCUGGAAGCAGUAAUGAAGUAGUCCCUACCUCGCCCCGUCAUCUUCCAUUUGCAGUAGGAGAAAGAGUCCGAGUGGUAGUAACAGUAGACGAGUUGCGCACAAUGCAGGAGGGUCAUGGUGGCUGGAACCACAAAAUGGCUGAGUUCCUCGACAAGGUGGGCAUCGUUCAUCGCAUAACAGACAAGGGAGACGUUCGUGUGCAGUAUGAAGGAUAUACAACUCGAUGGACUAUUCAUCCUAGAGCACUGGCCCGUGUCACGUCCUAUGGCCCGGGUGAUGUGGUCACUGUUAUAUCAGAUAUUUCAAAAGUGAAAGAAUACCAAAAAGGUCAUGGUGAAUGGAUUGAAUAUAUGAAAAGUGCACUUGGGAAGAGUGGAGUAGUUGCAAGAGUGUAUCCUGAUGGUGAUUUGCGAGUUAAUGUGGAAGGGAAGACCUGGACAUUCAAUCCCCAGUGUGUAACGCUUGCUCCUCGCAGUGCUGAGUAUAACAACACUAUGAGAGCCAAUGAGCGGCAGGAGAACCCUAGUGAGUCAACUAAUGCUGGUGGAAAUGGACCUCUAGCCUCACUGUUGCAUCAGUUGCUUGAUACAGAGCAGGACAGCUCAGUAGUGGAUCAGCUGGUGAGAGAGGCUGCACAGGGACACACUCAAGCUGUCUCUCAUCUCCUUGCAAAACAUCCAGAUAAGGUAGAUGGACGAAGCUCUGGAAAAACGUGUCUACAAGUUGCAUGCCAUCAGGGUCACAUGGAUAUUGUACGACUCUUGCUCAACCAUAAGGCUUCAUUAGAUAUUGCCGAUGAUGAUGGUGAUUUGGCUUUGCAUUAUGCAGCCUUUGGGAACCAGCCAGAGAUCAUGGAGUUGUUACUACGAAAAAAUGCCUCUAUUAACAUAGUAAACAAGGGCAGGUGUUCUGCCUUGCAUGUGGCAGUCAACAAACAACAUGCUGCCUGUGUUAAAGUACUUCUCAAAUACAACUGUGAUGUUAAUGUUCAGGACUCGUAUGGUGAUACUGCAUUGCAUGAUGCAAUAGGGAAGGAGAGUAUAGAAAUUUUAGAGUUGCUUGGUAACUCGCCGCACCUGGACCUGACGCUGCGAAACAAACGUGGUUUUAAUGUCCUCCAUCAUGCAGCACUGAAGGGCAACAAUUUUGCGGCUGAGAAACUAGUUUUGCGUUCAAGACAGUUUGUAGAUGUACAGAAAGAGGAUGGCUUUGCAGCUCUUCAUUUGGCUGCCCUUAAUGGUCAUCGACAAGUAGCUGAAACUUUGAUCACACUUGGACAAGCAGCUGUUGAUAUAACGAAUAACAAAAAACAAACUCCACUCCUCCUGGCUGUAUCACAGGGUCACUAUGGGGUAGUGGAGCUGCUAGUGGACAACCAUGCAGACAUUCGGGCAUGUGAUGAAGACGGUGACACAGCACUUCAUUUAGCUCUUCUCAAGAAUUCCACCACCCCACAGGCUCACCCAAGUCAUGCUCCCAACAUUAAUCAGAUUCUGACAGACAUCGCAAAACGAGGAUUUGAAAAUAACGUUUCACUGGCACUUGCUUGCUACCUAGCUAAGAAAGGUUGCAGUGUGACAGUUGCCAAUAUCCGCUCUAAGACUCCAUUGGAUCUAAUCAAUGACACCAAUACCAUUGAUCUUCUGCAGAGUUAUACAACACAGGCCAGUGGAGGCAAUAUGGCACGUGUUGAUAUGGAUCUGAAAGCCUUAGACUUGGCUGCAGAGAGUAUUCGACAGAGAGGACUAGAGAGUCCUUCCCAAGAUUCCUCGAGCAUUGCUGCAAUGCAAGGCAAACCACAGUCCCACUCCCAGCCUGUAAGUCCAGCCAAGGUGCCAGGGGAACUUGUCAAGCUAACACCAACACCUCAGCCACAAAACAACUGUAAUGUGGAAAAGUGCCUUGCUGGAAUGAAAUUUGUACAUUUUAAUGAAAAUUAUGGUUAUUGUAUCCAAAAGUCUUCCUCUAGUAUUUUGUUAAAACAUUCCCUUAUAGUAAAGGAAAAGGACAACAGAGAAAGAGCAGAAGACGGUACAGGCGAUUGCUCCAUCUGUUUAGAUCCCUCAACCAUUAUUUUCCAACCUUGUGGACAUUGUGUAACCUGUGAAGACUGUUCCAGCAGAGUAAAAAAAUGCCUUAGGUGUCAUGAUGUAGUAGUCUCAAAAGUUACGAAAGAUGGGAAGACAAUUUCAAGCAAAUCUAGACACCCUUCAGCUGAGAGGUUGAGGUAUUUGGAAACCAAGAUUGCUGAGAUUGAAGAAGCUCAUUGCUGCAGUAUAUGUAUGGAGCGUGGGCGCAACGUUGCUUUCUUAUGUGGCCAUAGUGCUUGUGUUGUAUGUGCUCAUACUCUGAAAACGUGCCACAUGUGUCGUAAACCUAUAUCAAAGAAAAUCAAUCUCUACUAAAUUUAAUUCAUGUGGAUUAAAGAAAAGUAUGCAUGUUACUGUACACUGAAAGUAAUGUGAUAAAUUGAGACUUCUCUCAUCAAAAGCAGUCCUGAUUGACUAACAGUGUUCUUGUAAUGGGCACUUUGAACCAGGCACUUGUGUUUUGGCUCUCUGAUUUUAGUUUCUAUUUACUACAAACUUUACAUAUGGAAAUCCUUUGUAAAUAACAGUGAAUAUAAGUGAAGCAUGGUGCUAGAACGUUUUGCGAGAAAAAAGUAUAAUUUAAAAGUAUAAUGUAGAAUAUUCUAGGGCACAAAGUAUUGAGGACUAUAAAUAUUACUAAGCAAAAACAUCAUAUAAAGAUUAGAAACCUUAUGUGAGUGACAUAAUUAUUCAGUCAUAAGUAUCAUGUGCUUAAAAUUUGAAAAGCUGUUGUUUAUUUAUUUACUGAUGUGGCUUAUAUAUUCAUGACAAUAUAAUAAACCUAUUGGAGUUGUACAGAACCUGGGAAAUGGGAGUUAAUAGAUUUGGUUCAGGAAAGUGAAGGGUUAACUCCAAUUCCUUGAAUGACAAGCCCACCAGCAUCUGAACAACCUCCUUGAAGUACAGAUCAUGGUGAACUGGGAAAAGUAUGGAGAGUAAUAUAGUGUUUCUUGUCAGUACGUUAGAAGAGUAGUGUGUUUAACCCCAUCGUGUACAUAUUUAUCUUGCCAAGAGAUGGGUAUAAUUUCUUGCAUUUAAAAUUUAAGUGUUUUUUGUCAACUAUAUAUUUUUUUUGCCUGUGCAGUUGUGUAAAAAAUACAAGUGAUCAUAAAAUUU